GCGAGCAGGCGAGUAUCGCCCUCUCCGGGAACCCUCAAGGUCCCGCUUGGCAGAGAGACAGACGCGGCGGGGGCUACAAGCCGGGGCCGGGCCGGGAGGAGGAAGAGGAGACGGAGGCUCUGGAGGAGACGGAGGCUCUGGAGGAGGGACCCGCCCCCCCAGGCCAAACCGUCACUGCCGGGCGGCCCUUUCCCUUCUCGCCGCGGCGCAUCCGGCGGCCCCUCUCUGCCCCAGUCCUCCGGCAGGCUAAGCAGGACUGCCGCCGACGCACAACGAGAAGCAGAAGUGCAAGUUUCCGCCUGCCGUGCGCUUCUGCUCCACGUUGCAUGGGAGGAAGCAGCCAGGGAGCCUUCUGGGCCCCUCGCUGGCCACCCUUCAGCAGAAGCAGCAUGUAGUGCUGGUCCCGGGGGCUGCCCGCAGACGCGCGGAGAGGAGAGGAGACACAGCCCCACCACUAUCCCAGGCGUGGUGCUGUCUCUUGGCUUUCAGGCCUGGCCGCGACCACCACCAUCCCAGGCCAUGUUUCCACAGCCUCUCAUCCCAGUGUUGGCAAGAGGUAAAGAGAUGGGAGCGCCUUCCAUUCAGCGGGCCACGGCAUCCACCAGGACCCGCUCCCGUGGCUCGAGUGGCACCGUUCUGUUGCCUUCCAUGCUGAUGUUUGGUGUGAUUGUGGCCUCCAGCGGCCUGCUGCUCAUGAUCGAGAAGGGGAUUUUGGCUGAAGUGAAGUCUCCACCGCUUCAUCCCUCGCACGGAGAGCUGUCCUGGAGGAGCGCCAGCAACGCCAGAGCAGCAUCCGCAUUGGAGGACGUAAGUUACCAGGUGCUGCAGGAUAUCCGUAAUAGGACCAUCCGCACCAUGUGUGGGCAAAAGAACAUGCCUCGCGGCCUUUGGGACCUCUCAGCAAGCCAGAGAAGGACGGUGCUCAAGCAUAUCCUGGUUAAUGACAAACAUCGGUUUUUGUACUGCUACGUCCCCAAAGUUGCCUGCUCCAACUGGAAACGAAUCCUUAAAGUUCUAGAUGGCGCGCUGGAGAAUGUGAAUGUGAACCUUAAAAUGGAUCAUAAAAGGGAUUUGGUCUUCCUAAGUGACAUGAAGCCAGAUGAGAUCCAUUACCGACUAAAGCACUAUUUCAAGUUCAUAUUUGUGCGAGAUCCAAUGGAAAGACUUUUAUCAGCGUACAGGAAUAAAUUUGGAGAGAUCAAAGAAUACCAACUAAAGUAUGGUGUGGAGAUAGUCAAAAGGUAUAGGAAAAACCCUGGGAAAAGCACAGGAGAUGAUGUCACCUUCUCUGAAUUUCUCCGGUACCUUUUAGAUGAAGAGGUGGAGAGAAUGAAUGAACACUGGAUGCCCAUUUACAACUUGUGCCAGCCCUGUGUGAUAAGCUACGAUUUCAUUGGGUCCUAUGAAAGACUGAAUGAAGAUGCCAAUUAUAUUCUUGAACGGGUUCAAGCACCCUCUUUCGUACGGUUCCCCGAAAGACAAUCAUGGUAUAAGCCAGUGACUCCUGAAAGCUUGCAUUAUUAUCUCUGUAACUCUCCAAAGGGACUUUUAAAAGAGCUGUUACCAAAAUACAUUUUAGAUUUCUCUUUGUUUGCUUAUCCACUUCCAAAUGUUACCAGUGAAUUUUGCAGACAGUGAACAUUUUCCAUGGUGAUACAGUUUGUGUCCUAUGCAAUUUCCUAAUUUUAUAUUUUUUUAUUAACACUUGGCAUCAAAUGCCUCAUAUAUAGGUUGCCUUUACAUAAAAACUAGCUUUAGCUUUUUAAUAUGUAUAUAUGCAGCACUAAGUUCAACUCAAUCUUUUUAUCCAAUCUGUGUUUUUGUAUGUUUUAAGAACAAAGCAUUUUUCUAGAGCAUUUUGUAGAGCAGCUACAUUUACAUUACAUUAGGUGGGCAGUUACAUUUGGGGGGGAAAUGAAGUGGUAAUAAUGGAAGACCUGUGAUUAGGGUUGCAGUUCUCAGCACACACUUGCUGGAGAGGAAGCCCAGUUUAACAAAAUUGGUCGUAUUCUGUAGGGGUGUCCUAAGCUUGGAAUGGGCCAUUCCAAGCUCAGAACAGAACCCCCUUUAAAAAGAUUCUUGUUCCAAGCGUGGAAUGGAAUGACCAUUUGGCUGGAGCGUUCUGGCUACCAUUUUGGAUUUUAAAAUAGCCACCAUGCAUGUGCAAGGGCCACUUUGGAAUCCAAAAUGGCGGCCAGGACGUUCUUUCCAGAACAGGGUAGUUCCAUUGGAGUGACCAGCUUCCUGGUUGCUCCAACAGAACAUCCCAAGCAUUUUGUGUUCUGUGCACACUUCUAGUAUUCAGUGUCAUCCUUAGGGAAUCUCCCUGUCCCCAGUGUGAGCGGAGGUGGUUGAGUCAGAGAGUGGCUGCUGCAGUGGGGGUGGAGGAGCUGCACUCUUUCAGUGGCAGCAGCACUGAUAUUUCCCAGCACUGCUGGCCUGGAGUGUGGCUUCUACCUGUCACAGCAGCUGCCCUCCAACACAGCAGGGCCCCAUGGUGUACUCUGCUUGGCGGCCUAGACCACAGAUCCCAUGUGUCUCAGCAGCUGCCCUCCAACUUGGCUGGGCAUCAUAAUGAGCUCUUCUCAGCAAAACAGAAUGCCCCACAGGGUGGCUGCUGCAGUAGUAGCACAGAUAUUUCCCAUUGCUCCUCACCCAGCACAUGGCUCCUACCUGUAGCAGUGGUUGCCCUCCAGCUCAGCUGAGCCCCACAGUGCGCUGUGCUUGGCAAACCAGGGUGCACCACAGGGCCAGCUGAGUCAAAGGGUGGCUGGUGAAGCAGACAGAAACUGCACUCCAGCUGGUGGUGCUGGGAGGCGGGAGAUUCCAGGCAGGAAUCUUCAUGCCACUGGGGCCCCGCAUCUCGGUGUCGCCAUCUUCUCUCAUUGAGGUUCUGCACCCCACUCCCAUGACCCUGAGCCCUGCACUUUCUAUGGAUGGCCCUGGUCUCAUUUCUCUGUAAACAUAAAUUGGACUGCACUGCACAUCUGCAUGUAGAUGGUGUGUGUCUGCAACUAGCAUGUAAGGUCUUGUCACAUGAGGGCAGCAGUCUUAGACGGUGUUAUGUUUUAGUUCAGUAUUGUAGUACAGUGAGAGUCUUAUUCUCUCAUAUAUUUAUAUAUAUGCAAACUUUAUAAAGUAAGAAGUUGCUUGUGUUAUUUUGUGUAAUACAAAUGUAACCCUUAUUCUAAACAUUUGUGCUCUCCUAGCCACCUAUAUGUAAUGAUGCAGACAUAGUUUGUGGCCUGCGAUGCUGGAGCAUUACAAAUGUUGAUAUCCUGUUAUUUUAAGCACUUACCUGCUGGUUCAGCAAGCUAUAGCUUCCAGCACUUAAUGUGCCAAACAUCUGCAUAUUAAAAAUACUAAAUAUACUAAACUGAUAUCAUUGGCCAGGGUGACAACCAAAAUAUUUGGUUAACUUGACAUUCAGAGAAAUAUGGUUUUUAUACUCUUAUAUUGCUUUGAGACAAAAGUGAUAAAGGCAGGGUGUAUUAUGUGCUAUCCAGAUAAUUAGGAGUUCCAUAAAUUAUUUGUUCAGAUAUGGGGUUUGUAUUUUCCUUGGUUCAGGAGUUUUGCUUGGGUGUUCCCAGAUUUUAUUUGUUUUCUCCAUGGAUCUAUAUGUAUUUUGCUUUUAGUACUAAAAUUAAAUAUCUUCCCAAUCUUACCUUUAAUAUCAAAAAUUACGUAUGAGGUAUUUGUUACAGUGUUGUUAGAAUGCUAGAAAAUCUCAUCUCUCCAGGGCAUUUGCUGAAGAAAACUUAAGGUUUGAUUAUUCAUAUAUGUAUAGCAUUCUCAUCUCAGAACUUUGUAUUUAUGAUAAUUCAACUUGGGAAGACAUGGGUGAGAAUGGACAAAAUUGUUCACAAAUGUUUUAUACAGUAUCUGCAUUUUAAUAAAGUUUCUAUGUAAAACUUUUUUUGAUAUUGUG